CCCACCUCCGGCUCCAGAUCUCCAUUUUCUUGUCCGGGUUUGUUUGAGGGAGCGGAACACCGAACAUUCAGGAAAAAUGAAUGAAGAAUACGACGUGAUCGUCCUCGGCACCGGCCUGACGGAAUGCAUUUUAUCAGGCAUCAUGUCCGUGAAGGGCAAGAAAGUUUUGCACAUGGACCGCAACUCGUACUACGGAGCCGAGAGUGCCUCCAUCACACCUCUGGAUGACCUCUUCAAGCGCUUCAACAUUCCCGGCAGUCCUCCAGAGUCCAUGGGAAAGGGCCGGGACUGGAACGUCGACCUCAUCCCCAAGUUCCUCAUGGCCAAUGGUCAGCUGGUGCGGAUGCUGCUGAUCACGCAGGUGACCCGCUACCUGGACUUCAAGGUGAUCGAGGGCAGUUACGUCUACAAGGGAGGGAAGAUCUACAAAGUCCCCUCUACCGAGACCGAGGCCCUGGCGUCUAGCCUCAUGGGACUGUUCGAGAAGCGCCGCUUCAGAAAGUUCCUCAUCUUCAUCGCCAACUUUGACGAGAACGACCCCAAGACCAUGGAGGGCGUGGAUCCCAACAAGACCACCAUGAGGGCCAUUUUCCAGAAGUUCAGUCUGGGGCAGGAAGUCAUCGACUUCACCGGCCACUCUCUGGCCCUCUACCGUACAGACGAUUACCUUGAUCAACCCUGCGUCACGUCGAUACAUAGGAUAAAGCUGUACAGCGAGUCUCUAGCCAGAUACGGCAAGAGCCCGUACCUGUACCCGCUGUACGGCCUGGGAGAGCUGCCGCAGGGCUUCGCCAGACUGAGUGCCAUCUACGGCGGGACGUACAUGCUGAACAAGCCCAUCGAGGAGAUCGUCAUGGAGAACGGGAAGGUGGUGGGAGUCAAGUCUGAGGGAGAGAUUGCGAGGUGCAAACAGCUGAUCUGCGACCCCAGCUACGUCAUGGAUCACGUGAAGAAGGUGGGUCAGGUGAUCCGGGUCAUCUGCGUCUUAAACCAUCCCAUCCCCAACACCGGAGACAUCAACUCCUGCCAGAUCAUCAUCCCCCAGAACCAGGUCAACAGGAAGCACGACAUCUACGUGUGCAUGAUCUCCUUUGCUCACAACGUGGCAGCGCAGGGUAAAUACAUUGCGAUUGCCAGCACCACGGUGGAGACCAGCGACCCUGAGAAGGAGGUGAAGCCGGCCCUGGACCUGCUGGAGCCCAUCGAGCAGAAGUUUGUGAGCAUCAGCGACCAGUUUGAACCCACUAACCUGGGCACCGACAGCCAGAUCUUCAUCUCCCGCUCCUACGACGCCACCACUCACUUCGAGACCACCUGCGACGACAUCAAGGACAUCUACCGGAGGAUGACCGGCUCGGACUUUGACUUUGCCGAGAUGGAGCGCAGGAAGCAGGACAUCUUCGGAGACGCCGCCGAGUGAAGGCCCCGCAUCCUCCCCAUCAGCAAGACGGAAGACAACGGAAAUCUGACAAAUAAGCAAAAACCUACACAAAUACGUACACCACCGUGGGCAGGCUGAAUAUCCAGGUAGAAGGUUUGCCCACGGAGGAAGAAGAUGAUGAUAUAUAGAGAAAUUUGAUAUAGUAUAGGGUUUAUUCAGGGAGGGAGCGAUGCUUUUCCAGAGCCCGUUCAGGUGGAUGAUGCACUAAACAUCGGUUAUGCCCAGCUGUAAACACGCAUAGUCCAAAGAUGCCAAAACAAGUAAUUCGUAGUAUCUUACCGGAAGUAUCCAUGGGUGGGCGGCGGGGCUCCAAUUCUUCUGUCGUGUAAAAGUUUCUGCAGAAUUUCAAAUAUCUACAAAAUCCAAUAUUUUGUUUUCUUGAAGUUUUUCCAUGUUUGGAUAAAGAGAGAAGUGGGCUUGGCUUUUGUUUCUUUUUGUAUUCAACCAUGUAACAGUUUCCUUUGUCAGGUGUGGUAAUAAAGGCCCGGUAACAGCAGAAAGUUCCUUAGCCGACGCAGCAAAAUGGUGAGGUUUUUGUGAAAUAAAGUGGUAAAAUGUG